AUGCCCUUCCCGCUCCUCUCGAAGGAGCCGAUCCCCGGCCUAUCGCUCUCGGCGGCAGGGCUCGUCGCCCUCGCGGACCUCCACACGGUCGCGAACCGCACCGCGCUCAAAGGGACGUCGUCCUGGUUGGACGCGCUCGUCCUCGCGCCGGGCUUGCACUACCAACAGGCGGCUGACGGCGUCGUGGGGGACAGCGGCGGCGGCGGUGGCGGCGGUGUAGCUGCGGCGACGUUCGGGACCGGCGGGCCCGGCAGGAACGGGAGCGCCGCCGGCAUCUUCGGUACACAAGCGCUCCCCGGCGGCAGACGGAGAGACGUCCAGGUAACGAACCCGGGACUUCUGCUCUUCCUCUCGAGGCUGGGCGUGCGGGAAGAGGAGACCGAGAAGAAGAAGAAGAGGAGGAGGAGGAGGGGGAGCAAGCAGGCCGAAGGGGUGGAGGCCGAGGAGGCGUUUGGUAUCCGUGCCGUGUGUGGGGCCGGAUGCGGGGCAGGGGCCGGCGAGAAAAAGGAAAUUAUCACGCUCGACGUCGGAACGCUCGGCAACCGGAGGCGAAGACGGGGCCGGGUUUUCGCUCACGACGCGGGCUGGGAGUUCGAGCGGGGGAGCCACCUGCUCUACCUUGCGAGCCCGGCGCUUACCCUCGCGGCGUUGACGAUUGUGGUGUUGCUGGGCGAUUGUGAGUUUGGCUCUCUCUCUGCCAUCUUUAAACUCGCCCCGAAUCAUUUCCAUGUCAUUUUCUUGUUCAUCCCCCAUUCGUUUACCGGGUGGGCUCUCGCAUCGAUCCUGGCCCUCAUCACCUCCCGCCUCCUCAACAUCUACAUCAUCAAGCAACGCACCUCUCCCCCUCCGGCAUAUCCGCCGCCGUUCCCAGCAGCAGCAUCAGCAACGACGACGAGAACAACCCCGUCCUCCUCCCCUGCCCCCAAACUCUCCGAGUACAUCAUCCCGCUCUCCCCGACCCUCAAAAUCCGCCUGCGCGGCCCAGAAUCCGCCCUCACCGCCCUCGCCACCGACGCCCCGAUGCGGCCCAAGACCACCGCGCAGAACUACCUCGAGGCCGCGGCCAAGUUGGCCGUGUACACGGUCGCCGUCUUCGGCGGCAACGUCUCGCAGGCCGGAAACCUCGUGCUCCUGGUGCUGCUUCUGGGCAGCGCGGGCCUGCUGGGGCUGAGCAACGGGUUCGUCAGGGGCGUCGGCGCGAGCGGGGGCCGCGUCGUCGCGAGGGUGCGGGACGGGGAGGCGGCGGUGGCGGUGGCGGACGGGAUGGCACGCGGUGGACGAGAGGGCGAGGGGGAAGACGAGGAGAGGGCGGUCGAUAGCGCGGACUGGGAUGCGCAGGUGGGAAGGGUGAUUCGGGAUCCGUACCCUUUCGAGGGGGGCGUGGAGUAUUCGUAGGUGGUGUAAGGGUGUUCGUUCGUUCGUCAGCAUACCAGGGAGUUUGGACUGGGUUCCAGAUCCCAACAAGUGGUCAUAGCAUUGAAUACGGAGGGAUGCAUAGACAUCACGACGAGUGAUGAAGAGCAAUCCUGGACCUAUUUCUUGGUACAUAUCUGCUGGCAACAUACGAGAUCAUUUUCAACAUAGGACGAGCACAGCAGCAACAGCAUCAGUAAGCAAGCAAAGGAAACAGGGAUCCCCAGACAAGCCCGGUUAUUACAUGACAAUGAUGAAGUGCUUCUUUCCUUUUCCUCCCAUAUAGACAUUAAAUUCGGGUUACACCAAAAGUUGGCCAUGUUGAUUUUUGCUCGCCCCCGCUACUCCGUGCUGCCGGCAUAGGAAAACCGGGAAUUCCAAUAAUAAUAAAGAAGGGGUAUAUGUACCUAAAUAUCGCCCGCUCUUCCCUUCUCGUGAGUCUCCCUAUACAUGACUGAUAUAAAGUAAACAACGCUUGUAU